UUCCUAGCCGAGGCCAGCCUGCUGCCGAGUGCGUGGCAGGCGGCUUCACGGAGCUUGGCUGCCACCGACUUUGCUAACCGCCCGGACCGCAUCUGGACGCUCCGGCUCUGGGGCUGCACAAAGCUCAGGUUUCCUUUGGGGGCUGGAGGCGAGAGGGGCUUUUCCGGCCGAGUUCAGCGGAAUUGCGGGCUGGAAGUUAGCGAAUUUGGGCAACUUGCCUCUACUACCCAGUGGCCCUCUCCUCUCCCCCGCAUGCACGCCCACACACACCCACGCACACACCCCUCUCCCUAUAAAUGAGCGAGCGCAGCGGAGCCCGGCUGCGCACGGAGUCCCUGCCUUGCCGAGCGCCGGACUUGGAGUCAGAAAGACGUGGCUGCGAAUCCCGGCUCUGCCACUUUCUAGCGCUGUGACCUUGGCACAACAGCCCCAGCUGGCAGCAUCACCUCCCAUCAACUUAUCCAACUUCUGCCAAGGCUCUGAAAUGCCAACCACCUCGCGACCUGCACUUGAUGUCAAGGGUGACACCGCACCUAUGAAGGAGGAUGCCAGUGAAGACAUGAGCUCUCUGGCCUACUCUAGCCUGGGGCUGAAAGAUCGCAAAGCAGUAGCCAUCCUGCACUACCCUGGGGCAGCCUCCAAUGGAACCAAGGCCAGUGAGGCUGCCUCUGGCGCCUCGGGAUCUGCAUCUCCAAUAGGCUCUCCUACCACCACCCCUCCCGCCAAACCCCCACCCUUCAAUGUGCACCCAGCCCCCCACCUGCUAGCCAGUAUGCAGCUGCAGAAACUUAAUAGCCAGUAUCAUGGGAUGGCCGGUGCCGCUCAGGCCCAACCCGGGGAGGCAGGGCCCCUGCAAAACUGGAGCCUGGGGGCUCAGGCGGGAGGGGUGGGGUCCCUCUCUCCUUCUGCUGGUGCCCAGAGCCCUGCUAUCAUUGAUUCGGACCCAGUGGACGAGGAGGUGCUGAUGUCGCUGGUGGUGGAACUGGGACUGGACCGGGCCAAUGAGCUUCCGGAGCUGUGGCUGGGGCAGAAUGAGUUCGACUUCACUGCAGACUUUCCAUCUGGCUGCUGAUGCCAGCUGUCCCUAAAGAUGGAGGAAUAAAGCCACCAAUUCUGUUGUAAAUAAAAAUAAAAGUUUCAAAGAGAUGGACC